CAUUUAUACAACAGCCUUGUACACUCCAUGAACCCACCCUUCUGAUCUGAAGAGAAUCACCUCUCACUAACCCCUUCAUUUGGCUCACAGACACACAGUGGAACACUUGUCAUCCUAGUAGCUCCCAGUCCUGUGUCUCUGACCAUUAGUAACCAUGAUGCAGGUUUGGAUCCUCUCACUACUGCUGCCUCUCACACUAGCAUUCUCUGGUCUACAUGUUGAUCCUAGCAAAAUUCAUGGUAAGAUUGUUUUAUUUUUUGGAUUAUAUUGUGUGUGCGCCUCAAAGUUAAAAAUGUUACCUUCUUUCACUAAUCGAAAUCCGUUCUCAAAUAUGCAUUGUGCUUUUGGAUAAUUAUUUUGAAGUGAUUUUGUUUUGUUCAUUAAUAAUUACUGAUGAACAUUGAUAUAAAAAUACAUUAAGUAAUACCAGGCAUACAAAUGCAUUAAGUGAUAAUUGUUCACUAAUUGAUCUAAAAGAAAAAACAAAUGAGUUUAACAUAUUCCGACUUAUUAUUGGAUUUUCAAAUAGAUAAUCUUGACUAAUUAGAAACAAGAACAGUGAAAUAUGAAUCAUGUUUUAAAACCAGCAAACAUGCACAGAAACGUAUCUUCAAUUCCCCUUUCACCAGCUUUCCCAGAUAGCCAAAUCGCUGGGGUGUUUCUGGUCAGCUACACAAAUGCCCUCAACCAGUUGACCUAUGCCUUCAAUGCCUCUGAGGCAAGGGAGGUGUGCUGGUCUCUGGGUGUAACCAUGGCCUCCAAUUCCCAGGUUGAAGAGGCUCAGAGACUGGGCUUGGAAACAUGCAGGUAAAAUGGCAUUUGGAUUAGAUUUUUCUUUGUAUGCUAGUGAUCCUUUUAAUAAUAGAUAACCUCUGGGAAUUAAUUCAUCCAUUUCAAAUCGUCUGUAUCUCCAGGUUUGGGUGGAUUGAUGAACAUUUUGCAGUGAUCCCUCGUAUUGAGGCCAGUAAAACCUGUGGUCAAAACCAGACCGGUGUCAUCAAAUGGAGAGCCUCUGUCACCAAACUUUUUGAUGUGUUCUGUUUCGUUGCUUCAGGUACAGUUAAGGAUUUAAAAAAAUCUUAAUCUCAAUGCAGUCAAUGGAUCAAAGGUAAAGUAGAGAAAUGGUAUGGUAUGGUGAUUCAUGGAUACGUAGGCUAAUUGCUCUGUGCCUUUCUGUUGACCCUAAACUCGGAGGCAUUUGGGAUUUUUCCAGAAAGUCCAAUCACAUACUUUCAUUUCCUUUUGUGAGACUAACAAUUUUAUGAACGUGAGAGGAAAAGGGAACAUUUGAGCGUGAAAAACAUCCUACAUUAACUUCCUGAACUGUCCCUGGGGUGGUGUGACCAAGUUUUAGGAAUUGAGUGAAAUGAAAAUAUUUGGCAAACAGCCACUGUGAUGUCAAUGCUGGAUAUCAAGUUAUUAAUUUAAUUGAAUGUGAAUACAUUUUCUAAUUUACACUUUCAUUUACUUACUACAGUGAGACAAUUGGAGGAUACCACAACUGAUAUCCCUUUGACCACACAGGAGCAACAGGAGGGACCACAUCCUUCUCCUUCAGGAGCGGCCUCAUUCCCCUCUACCUCCCUCUCUCCAGUCAUCACUCAUCUUGUCCGCUCCACACAGUCCGCCCGGCCCACCUCUCAGUCUCGUUCUUCCCUUCUCUCUCUCAGUAUUUUUUCUGACAACCCAGAGGAGGUAGAGGUAGAACUACACCAGUCCAUGAGCAGUGCAAAUUCUUCAAUCGGAGGUUUGAGACAUUUAACUACCAGCAUUGCUGUUGUCCAUCAAACCACUCCUUUGUUCUGUCAUCAUUACCAUUGGGAGUGAAAGUGACAAGGCCUAUUUUGUAUGAGUAAUCUCUUCCCUCUCCUGUGCUCUGUUGUUUUAGCGGUGUCAAAAGCAUUAGUUAUCACCUCGACCUUUGUUCUCCUUCUAACUGCAAUGGCCAUUCUCUGGUACUUUAGAACGUAAGUGUUUAAAAAAAAAACAACAUGUUUGUAAAAGUGAAAAAACGAGAUAUGUAAGAUUCCUUGACUUGAAAGCCAUUAUUUAGAUCAAGGUAAUUCAUUAAGCACAAUUACUAUAACAUAUACAUGUUGACAUGAUCAUGCAAACAUUUUAUUUGUAUCAGAGGAACGUUUGGGAUGUAAUUUAACGCUGUGUUAACUGGCGUUCAGCCUGGAAGUCACAUUUCAUUUUUCUUCUCUUUACAAAGGAACAAUGGGCUGAAGACUAUUCUCCCCUGCUGGGAUGUGGAGCAGCAGAAAGAGUACAUUGAGACAGAGGAGUGUGCAGCACACACCUGUAUGAAGGACACAAAGGAAGCCCAGACUGAGGCUGAAGCUAAGGCUGAACCUGAGGAGGAUGUGUGCAAAGAGACAGCCAAUGACGUCAGUGUGAACAUCAGUGAUGAGACCAACACAGAUUCAGCAUUAGAGACAGAACCUUGAUGCUUUAGAUUCUGUAAGACCAAAGAUAAGAUCUGACUGUAUUUUAAAAGUAAUGUUCCUUUUUUAAAGUUAUGUUCCUGCUUAUGGAAGUUAUGUUGUUUAGUAGUUUGUACAAAGUGUGCAUUGAUGUUAUUCAAAUGCAUUUAUUUAUAGCAUGGGAGGUCUUUCCAAUUUUGAUUUAAAAAGUUACUUUAUGUCUCGUUUUUUUGUUGUUCAUAUUCGAAAUAGAUUGUUCUAGAGAUCGUCCUAUAUUUUAGCCACUAGAUGGCGAUGUCAUCAAGGCAAUUAUUGUUGCAAUGUGGAUGAGUUGGGGCUAGGACUAGUAUUGUGGCUGAAAUGAAAAUGGGUUCAUAUUUUCUGCUAUACAGAUCAUUGAUUUGACGACUUCAGAUAGAGUUAAUCAAUAUUCCAGGGCCACUGCUUACUACUGCAUGUUAAAUAAUGUUUUUAACCUAAUGCCAAUCUUGAACUGAUGCAAUAAAUUCAAACAUUUUGUAUCCCUG